CACCGCUGGAGAUGUUUAUAGCUAGCUACAUAGCCGUAGACUACACAGGAUGGUUACAGCUUGAAAACAAAUGAUAUAUAUCACCAAUUGUUUACUUGCAUUUCCGCUGUUCGUUUCCUUUAUUUUUGGUAGAUUUGUCGAUAUCAUGAACUGCACAGAACUCGCUGCACUUGUAACCGAUAUCUAGCUAGACAGCGGUUUAGCUACAGUAUUUAGCUACUUUUCUUAGCAUUAUUUCAGGUGAGUAGCUACGGUUAGUUUUAACAUGGCGAACAUUUAAUGUUCGCAAGCAUUAACGCCAAUUAGUGUUUUAAAUAUGUUAGCUAGCCACAUAUUUCAGCCGCUUCUGAAUUAAACGCUUACCAAUGCUAUCGAUUGGCGGCACAGCUCUCACUUGUUUUCACUUUUAUGUAAUUGGUAUACUGUUUUGGGGAAUCGCCUUUUCUCCCUUCGGUGAAAAAAACAAAUAUUCCAUCGGAAGGCUGUUGAUAUCUGUUGUCAUACAGACCUAGAAAGCAUCAAACGCCGAAGUUCUCCAUCGUCUGAACGAACUUGAAGAAGGCGCUAUUCACCCAGACGACUUUAUAUGGUUUCGAGUUUUGAAGUGCUGAGUUUCAGGUGACUGUGAGCAGCGGUGCUGAGAGCGAUGGAGCAUCUCAGCGAGGCGUGUCUGGGGAAGGAGAACUGUGAGCUGCCCAACAGCAUCGGGGAGCCAAAGGGUCCCCCCGCCAAGAUCGCUCGGCUGGAGCAGAAUGGGAGCCCCCUGGGGAGGGCCCGUCUGGGGAGCACGGGGGCUAAGCUGUCCGGGGUGUCCCUCAAAUCCUCAGGACAUCUCCUGAAGACCUGCCAUAAGAGAGGCAACAUGCUGCCUGUGUUCUGUGUGGUGGAGCACUAUGAGAGCCCCAUUGAAUUCGACAGUAAGGAGGAGCAUGCAGAGUUCGUACUGGUGAGGAAGGACAUGCUCUUCAACCAGCUGAUCGAGAUGGCUCUCCUCUCGCUUGGAUACUCCCACAGCUCGGCUGCACAGGCCAAAGGUCUGAUUCAGGUGGGCAAGUGGAACCCUGUCCCCCUCUCAUACGUGACGGACGCGCCAGAUGCCACAGUGGCGGACAUGCUACAGGACGUGUACCAUGUGGUCACUCUGAAAAUUCAGCUGCACAGUUGUCCUAAACUGGAGGACUUACCCCCAGAACAGUGGACCCACUCCACAGUAAGAAAUGCCCUCAAGGAGUUACUCAAAGACAUGAACCAGAGUUCUUUGGCAAAAGAAUGUCCCUUAUCACAGAGUAUGAUUUCCUCCAUUGUGAACAGCACUUACUAUGCAAAUGUCUCUGCGGCGAAGUGUCAGGAAUUUGGGCGCUGGUAUAAACAUUUCAAGAAGACAAAAGAUAUGAUGGUCAUGCGCCAGCCCUCCCAGCUGGAGGGGUACCUGGGGACCUGUGUCCUCCACGACAGCCCACGUGCCACAGCAUUAGCGGAGAUGGACAGCCUGUCGGAGCUCUCCCCACCCGGAACAAACCACAUGGGCUUCAGCCAGCAGCCGAUACCGGGCAGCACAGCGGAGCAGCCCCCCUCGCCUGCUCCGUUACCCCACAGUGGUCAGGCCUCAAGCCGUGCCCAGCUGCCCAGCCUGCACCCAGGCCUAGUGUCCACCCCUAUCAGCCCACAGCUGGUCAACCAGCAGAUUGUCAUGGCACAGAUCCUCAACCAGCAGUACGCCGUGAACCGGCUCCUGGCCCAGCAGUCCCUCAGCCAGCAGUACCUGAACCACCCACCCGUCAAUCGCUCCCUCAACAAGCCCCUCGAACCCCAGGUGUCCUCUAACACAGAAGUCUCUUCCGAGAUCUACCAGUGGGUCCGAGAUGAGCUAAAGAGGGCCGGAAUCUCCCAGGCUGUGUUCGCUCGUGUGGCCUUCAAUAGGACACAGGGCUUGCUCUCAGAGAUCCUUAGAAAAGAAGAAGACCCGAAGACCGCAUCACAGUCCUUGCUGGUCAACUUGCGCGCCAUGCAGAACUUCCUGCAGCUGCCGGAGGCCGAACGUGACCGCAUCUACCAGGACGAGCGAGAGAGGAGUUUGACUGCAGCCUCUGCUAUGGGCCCCACAUCCCUCAUCAGCACACCCCCAACCCGUCCUGUGCAGCCCAGAAGAGAAGAGUGUAAUAACGUCAGGCCUGAGGACUGGAAUCCUAGAAUCCCAGUGGGCAUCUCUCCUGUAAAGCCCUCUCCCAUCCCCACGGAAUGGAACGGGAAGUCGGACAGUUGCGUGCUGAACAUCAACGCCUCCAUCUAUGACGAGAUCCAGCAGGAGAUGAAGCGCGCCAAGGUGUCCCAGGCACUGUUUGCCAAGGUGGCUGCCUCCAAGAGCCAGGGCUGGCUGUGUGAACUGCUGCGCUGGAAGGAGGACCCCUCCCCAGAGAACCGCACGCUGUGGGAGAACCUCUCCAUGAUCCGCCGCUUCCUGAGCCUGGCCCAGUCGGAGCGCGACGCCAUCUACGAGCAGGAGAGCAACGGAGGCCAGCAGCACCACAGCGACAGACCGCCUCAGCUCAUGCAUGUCCCCACCGAUCCCCUUCAGGCACUGCCACAUCAGCAACCACAGCACCAACCCCUGUUGCCACAGCAGCAUCCUUCCCACCCUCCGCUUUCCCAGCAGCCCUUGCAGCAGCCGCAAGCUGGGCCGCGUCUACCCCCCCGCCAGCCCUCCACGGCCUCACCUGCUGAAUCGGAGGAUGAGACCCGGAGCAAAGCAAAGCCGGGGAACAAGAUUUCGUUGGAGGCCCUGGGGAUCCUGCAGAGCUUCAUCCAGGACGUGGGCCUGUACCCAGACGAGGAAGCCAUCCACACGCUCUCAGCCCAGCUCGACCUUCCCAAGCACACCAUCAUCAAGUUCUUCCAGAACCAGCGCAUCUAUGUCAACCACCACGGCAAACUGAAAGACCACGCUGGCUUCGAGGAGGACCUGGCAAGCUUCAAGGAGGGCGAGCUACUGAAAGACCUGGAUGAGAGUACUCAGACCAACAGCACCAUCUUCUCUAUCAAGAUUGAGGAGCACCUGACGGGCGAAGUCCAGUCUGAGUCUGACCACGACUCAAAAGAGUAGUGUACUCUCUCCCAUAGCAGUGCCACUGUAAUACUAUUUAAACAGACUGUGUAAUACAGUAGUAUUACUUUUUGUGUUUCUUUUAAUUUUGUAAAAAAAAAAAAUAAAACAAAAACAAACCCUGUAAUAUUCACUGUAAAGACUGAUGCAUCAUUUAAUAACUUGCACAAAAAAAAUUUAAGUAUGUUACCGUGGAAAUUUGCUGACUGCACUUGAUGUCUGUUGUUUUUACACUGAUUUUGAGCUACUGAUAAAGUCAAUGGAGUUUGAUAGACUUUGAUAGAUGUUUACGUACGUGGUGUUCACUGGAUUUUAAAUGCAUAUAAAGUAGAAACAAAAGUCGAUGACUAGGCCUUAACAAUGAGGUACCGAGUCUGACGCCUGCUAGCAGAAUUGCUAUGAAUUUUAAAACCUAAACUUGAUUAUGGAUCACUCAAACUCUGGAACCUGAGGAUGUGCGCAAGCUCUGGAAAGUACAGCUCAAUCUUUACAAUAUUAUUUGUUAGGAAGAAAUAGAAAUAUAUAGAGAGACAUAUAUUAACUGUAAAAAGAUACAGUUUUAAAGAGAAACUAUGCCAACAAAUGCCUUGUACUAUAUGGCACUGCCGAUGUUCGAUUAUUUUGCAAAAACUUUGUCACUGUAAUUUCUGAAUCUCCACACAGUUUGAAAUGUGAAACACAACCUUAACUUCCUUUUUUGU